AAAUUAGAAUCUCAUUAUUAUUACUAUAUUUUACUUAACAACAAAUGUAUGAUAGAAAGAACAGGUGCGUCAGCCGAAAUUGGGAAAGCAAAGUCAGAGUUGGGAUAGAGAAAGAAAGUCCAAAAAAAAAAAAAAGAGCAGUUGAGUUGAGUUGAGUUGAGAGAAGAAAAAAGAUAACACAACAUGAGAAUGUGAAGGUAUCCUUUUCUUUUCUUCAAAUUACAAUAGUUUGAACACAAAGCAACCUUUGCCUCUGCCUCUCUCUCUCUCUCUUUAUAUCUUUCCUUCCUCUCUUUUGAGAACCCCACUUCAAAAUAAAACUCUCUUCAUUCUCUCUAACAAAAAAGAAAGAAAAAACUAAGAAAGGAUUAAUCUUUUUAUCUCAUUCUCUUAGAAAAAACUAAGAAAGGAUUAAUCUUUUUAUCUCAUUCUCUUUCUGGGCUUUUGUCUAUUGUUGAAUAUAUAUAUAUUUUCCCAUAAAGGGUGAACAUAUGUGGCAAAAUCAGGCUACCAAAUCUUCUUACAGAGAGUCUUUGAAAGCUCUUGAAGCAGAUAUACACCAUGCCAAUAACUUGGCUGCUGCUAUCCCUAGAGACUAUGAUGGGGAUUGUGUUCAGAUGAAAUUGUCUUACAGUCCUUUGGCUCCACUUUUCUUGUAUUUGAUUGAAUGGAUGGACUAUAGCUGCAUCGAUUCACUGCCUAGCUAUUUAGGCCUUCUUCACAUACUUGUAUACAAGGUAUAUAUUGAUGGAAUGCCUUCUAUCUCCUCAAAAGAAAGGAAAGCCACUUUAAGGGAAUUUUAUGCUGUAAUAUAUCCUUCACUUAGGCAACUUCAAGGCGAGUUUGCUGAAUUGAAAGAUUGCAAUACAAGAAACCAAUAUAAAGAAGAACACCAAAGAAAGAUUCAAGAUAAAGAUCUUGAAAGAGAAGAAGAAUGUGGGAUAUGCAUGGAAAACACUACAAAGAUGGUUUUGCCCAACUGCGGGCACUCCAUGUGCAUCUUGUGCUUCCAUGAUUGGAAUGCACGAUCAGAAUCCUGCCCGUUUUGUCGUGGCUGCCUCAAGAGAGUUAGCUCCACAGAUUUAUGGGUUUUAACUAGCAUCAACGAUGUCAUUGAUGCAGUAACUCUUGCAAAGGAAAACCUGAGACGCUUCUAUCUUUAUAUCGAUAAUCUGAGGCCUUUUGUAGCGCCAGACACACAUGUUAUGUUGUUUGAUUACAUGCUCUGAACUGUAGAGGAAGAUUUGAUGCAGCUAGUUAUAGAAUGCUUACUUGUACUACCCCCUUGUAUAUAGAGUCUGGUGUUCUGAAUAAUGGUCUCUAUUGAUCGUAGCGAACAACCGGAGUCCAGAGGACACCCAAAUUUCCCAACUUUGAAAUCAGGUGAUAAGCAUGGAGUUUGGAGAUUACAAAACUCACCUUCAUAAAAAAGAGCCUGUACAAAUGAAAGGAUUAUGGUGACUAGUUUACUGCUAUAACUCUGUUGCUUCUAUGUAAAGAAAAUAUGAGAAAUGCCUGGCACUCAACUCAGCUUUUUUGGAACCUGAGUGAGUAGUGCAAAUGGCAAUUGUAUGUACCAGAGCUUUUGCUCACCUUAAUAAUAUUAUCUAAAACUUGGCACCUUGCAACACGAGGUUCCUCAA